AGGGAGGAGCAUCGCUGCUUACAUUCAGCGCAGACAAAGCGACUCUCAGUCCAUCGCUGGAUAUUCUUCCGUGAACAGAGACAGUCCGCUGUGACAGUAAAAUCCAAGCCAGAUGUUCAACCGGACCACAGGUGUGCCUUCACCUUACCCAGAUUCAGGUGUUGCCCCGUUCAUCAACGUGCCACAUGUCUAUCGCCUGUAUCCAGAGUUUCCCGCGUACAGAGCGACGAUGGCCCCAUUCCCACGUCAACAGCACAGUGUGACGCCCUCAAGUGUGCCAACAAAACAGGAGAAGUGUUACAACCCUCAUGACCCCACACUUACAUUUGUGAAUGGAGAGGAUGAUUUGGACUUUUUGUGUGAAGGCUUCAAAUCUCUCAGAGCUAAGAUGUCCUGUGGUCAUGCUGUGACCCCGACCUCUCUCACCAACUGGUGUCGCAGGUUGUUGGAGCAGGGUAAAAGCAGGUUUGUGUGUGGUGGGUCUGGUUGUAGUGCUGAGUGGACUUUUGCAGAGGUUUGUAAAAUGGCUCUUCUGGACCCUCAAGAAAUGGAGUACUUUCAAAAAACCAUGGAAUUCAACGCUGCCAGGCAGACACUUACUACUAAGUUGUGUCCUGGAUGUGGAUCCACUGUGGUGAGAGAGAAUGGAUCAGACUUGAAUGUCCUCUGUAAAGUGUGCACAGCAGUAAAAGGACGGCCGUUUGAAUUCUGCUGGCAGUGUUUGAGGGAGUGGAAGGGUGCACGGCCUCGGAAAGACCGCUGUGGAAAUCGUGGCUGCUGCAACCCAUCAUUAGAAACAUUAAAGAAAUGCCCGGAUAUAACAUUAUAUGAAGAUGAGUAUGAGUGUCAGUAUGGAGUCCAUGUGUGUCCCUCUGUCCGUGCCUGUCCCACCUGUGGUUUGCUGUUGGAGCACAGCAAGAAGGAUUGCCCAUCAGUUGAUUGCCCUCGAUGUAGUGUGACAUUUUGUUUUGUGUGUCUGAAACACUCUGGCGAAUGUUUCACCAGUUGCAUUGCUGCCCCCAGACAGACCUCUAUACCUGUGUGGAAGAAGAAAUAAUGGGAAAUGCUGUUAAGUUUCACUUUCUUUUAUUGAGAGUGCCUUUUCUAAAUUAAUUCACUAUGCUCUAUUUUAAAUUCUCUGCUUUGAAUAACAUCACAUAAUAAAUAAAAAUUGUUGUGUUUUAUUACUGAGAAAUUUACUACCAGAUGCGAUCUAUACAGUUGUGUCAUGUCUGAGGUCUAAUGAUAAAUCUGAAAAAUGUUGUUCAUUUAUAAACUUAGAAUAAGAUUAAACAUUCUGUGUGCA